AUGUCCGAGUCAUCCACUCCCGUCACUCCAAAAUCUCCCCUGGUCCCAGACACACUGCAAUCAGUCACUGCCCUUGCCCGCUUCGAAUUCGAGCCCGGGAGAGGAAAUGAGGGUACCAAGGUGAUGAUGGUCGAAUGGAAAGACGACGACCAGGCCCGUUCCAAGACUGGCAAGUGGCACGUCUCCUGGACGGGAAAGCGCACUGUUUUUCCUGCCGAUGACACCCCCUCCGAUAACAUUCGCCGAGUCUACUUUCUACUACCACCCGCCGCCAUCGUGCCUCCUCAUGUCACCCUUGCCUAUCACACUUCCGCAGAGCCGUCGCAAUCCGUGUCAACUCCAUUGACCAUGACCGUCAAUCCACUUCCUGCCAUCUUUACCCCAGAACUCGGCGCAACUGCCAAGGCGAGCGGCAAGAAAGGGGUCCUCCACACCAUAUGGGCCAAGAAGAGGCUGUCUGUACUCGAGAAGGAGAUCAAGCGCGAAGAGGAAUUCAAUCUCGAAGGAGUUGCCCUGGAAAUGGCCAUCUCGGAGAAACUUUGGAUAGAGGCAAAUUUUGGCUUGACCUCCAAACCUCUUGCCCUUGAUCUGUCCAACGUGUCCAAAUCUCCAGGCGGUCCUACCAGCCCCGGCAUUCAAAGCCCCAGAUCACCUGGUGGUCGACGGCUCAGUGAGAAGUUGAAGGGUCUCAGUCUUGGAACCAGUGAGAAGGAUCUUGCGUUUCGAGGGAACACGACGGUCCGCGAAGCCCAUCCUUUGUCACCCGAGGUUUCGGACGUCGCAAACUCAGCUUUUGGUGCAUUUCGACAAACUUCAACCAUUUCACAAUCUACCACGGGCAAGAAAAUUAUAGCUCAGGCUCCACCAGACCAUAUCAGGAAACAGCAAGAAUCCCGGACAAGUUCGCUUGACGUCUUUUCAGACAACCCCAGCCAACCUAUAGAUGAUGAUGAUCUUUUUGCCGUUGGCCUGAGCCCGAGAUCACCAGAUGACCCCAAAAGCCCCUUUUCGUUGUCCAGUGCCGAGGUCGGUGCUUUCUCAAAAAUAAAAGGCGAGCGAUGA